AAAUUAAUAACCUCUUUGGAUCACAUCAACUCUUGUUUAUAACCUUUUUAGAGUUGCUUGACAAUAUUAUGUUACUUUGAUUAUAUCUUGAUUUGUAGCUGAGUUAAUGUUCUUUAUCUAAAAGUUUUACGUUUUAUAGAUUUAUCGAAAUGGAUAAACAUUCUAUACCAAUGGCUUUUCUUUUAAAUGAUGGGGACAUUGAUAAAACGGGUUAUCAGCAAUUAAAAGUGAAAUCAUUUAUGAAAGCUGCCAAUUGUUUUCCAAUUUCACAUGGGAUAUCUAUUGGUCCUAAUGCAGUUGAAAAUACCAAAUGGGACUCUUUUACUCCUUCUAAAAUAGAAGAAAUAGAAAAUCUAUAUCAUUCAAUGGAGCCGAUUACAAAUAAUAGUACACUAUUAAAGCAAACUACAAAUUUUGAUGAUACUGAGCCUAAUGUUAGAAUGAAUGAAUCGUCUGAAAAAAGAGAAGAUAGGCUUUGUAGAAGAAGAAUUUUAGCUGAACUUGAAAAUAUAUGUUAUUUGGAAUCUCAGGAAAGAAUCAAUCAAAUGAGAAAGGAAUGGUUAGAGAGGGAAGAAAUGGUUAAUGCACAAAUUGAAAGUGAACUCGAGGCUGAAAAACUUGUUCGUGAAGAAAAAAGAAAAUUAGAAUUAAAUACAAUUCAAGCCAAAAUUUCUCAGUUUCACAAAUACAAUCGUGCCAAUUCCGCCUUAAUAAAGAAACUCACAGAAGAUGAAGGAGCAAUAAGAGCUAAAGAACUUCAAUUAGAAAAUGAAAUGAAAAAUUUAGAAACUAAAAGAAUGCUAAAAGAAUUGGAUAAAAUAUACCAUAAUGAAGUCGAGUACCGUGAGAAAUAUGGUGAAAUAGCCCAAAUAAUUACUACUUUUAGUGAUAAUAAAUUCCAAAACAGUAUUUCAGCUGAAAAAGAUAUUGUGAAAACUACAAAUAAUGAAUUUUUGGAAUUAAUUCAAAAGUGCAAGGAAAAUGAUAUAACCCCUGAACUUGUGGUAAAAUCGUAUUCUCUAUUAUCCAGUAUUAAAAAAGUUCAUGGGAGUAUAAUGACAAAGCACGACUAUUUUAAAAAAGAACUUGAAAAUGAAGCUAAAAGGGUUCAGCAAGAAUUAGAACUGAGAGAGCAGAAGCAGAAAGAAGAAGAAGAAGAGAAAAAGAAUCAGCUUGAAGCUAAGAAAAAAGAAGAAGACGAAAAGAAAAAAAUACAAGCUGCAGAAGAGACAGAUGGAGAAAUCAACCGUCUCAAAGCUACAUUACAACAUUAUCUUAAAUAUGCCUCGCUCUUUGACAAGGUGAAAGAAUCAUUGCAAGCUUUUAUGUCGGAUACAUCUCUGAAGAAGUUUCGAUCUGAAUGUCAAAAAGCAGUCAACAUUUCAGUAAAUGCAAUAUCUCCUACAAGCGCUGCUCAUAUGAAUGAUAAAUUAAAAAAACUCACUUCAAUAUUAUCUGGACAACAAAUCAUGGUGAAUGGUAAAUUAUUUAUUCCUAACCAACAUCCCAUGGGUGUCCAGUAUUGUACAUAUUUCCUGGCCCAAAAAAUUGUUAAACAAGGAGAAGAUGUAGUGUCGAGUAAACCAGAUGCUGCUUUCGCUAUAGCGAGUGUUGCAUUAGCUAUUUGGGGAGACUUUCCUGAUUUUGGAAAUCUUCUAGUGGCUGCAUUUUACGAAGCUUGUCCCUACCUGAUACCAAUAUACUGGGACAAAGAAGAAGGCAUGUCUGAUGUAGAAUAUUAUAAGAAAUUGGGAUUUCGCUAUGUUGAUGACGAGAGAGAUGAAAUAAAUGUAUUUCUGAAGAAACAAGGAGGAAUAGCUCGAUUGUAUUUUGCAUUAAUGGUAGCACACAUGAAAAGCCGAUCAGUGCAUGAGCACCCUUGGGGUGCCUGGCAGGCAUGGAGGUGGAUCGCGAUGUUUACUUCACUAAAUCCAGAAGCUGAAAUUAGCGCCACGAUUCUUUUGACAAUGCUCGAAAUUUGUGGAUUCACAUUAAUGAAAGCAUACGGAAAGCAGUUUAAGAAAUUACUUCAUUUAAUAUGUGUGCACUAUGUACCUGAAGUUGAAAAGGUUACCCCUCCUGGAAGAGGAGGCCCUGUUACACGUUUGAAAUCAUUUCUAGAAAAUAUGAUAGGAAAUGCUAGAAGUCUCCAACCGCCCAAGGGAUUGCUGCAGCCAAAUUUUUGGUGAUUGUGCAACAGUGAUUUUAAAAUCUCAAGUGUUAAUAAUUUAAGUGAGAAAUUAAUUUAAUCGUGAAGUAUUUGACUCCUUUUUAAACUUGUAUAACUUAUGUAUCUAAUAUUAUCAUUAUAAAUUUGUCGUUGUAUAUAGCUAUUUUUAUAUAUUGUACAUAAGAAAGUUUAAUUAGAUUUUAUUGUAAUCAAUAUUAAAAAAAAUAUUGAUAUUGUAUAGUUUUAUAAUAAAUAUUUAUUUGCAAUUUAA